CAACCAAAACAGGCUGUUUUCCCCACUGCAGAUGAAUCUGGGCCCUGCUCAGCUCAGCAGGGACCAGGGAGGUUCUCCACAGAGCAGGUCUGCAUUGGUUCUUCCUGAGUAUUUGCCUCCCAUUUUCCUCCAGAGAUGAAAACUACCUCUGCACAUUGCUCAGCCGCAGGGCCAGGCAGCACCAUGGACACUCCUGCCUGGUGCCAAGGGGUUAAGCUCACAGUAAGUUCCCAAAGCCAGUUGUUUCCAACUGGCUGCUGCCUGUGGUUUGUGGGAAGGGAUUUUGCUUUUUAAUAACAUUAUAAAUAGGGCUGUGUUCAGUAUGCUGCAAACUCAGUUUCUCUCUCUCUCUCUCUCCCUCACCCAUCACUCUCUUUCUCCCGCUUCUCUUCCCACCACACUUAAUUCCAGAUCUGACCAUGACUGGGUCAGGCUUCCUCCUCGGUGUCCUCAGCCUGCUGGUAUGUCUUGUCUCCACCACGCAGGCAUGUCCCCCCAGCUGCCACUGCCACGGCGGAGACCUGCAGCACGUCAUCUGCGACAAUGUGGGGCUGAAGAAGAUCCCCAAAGUGCCUGAGCAGACACGGCUUCUCAACCUGCAGAAGAACAACUUCCCCAUCCUGCCGACCAACGGCUUCCGUGACAUGAAGAAGCUGGUGUCCCUGCACCUCCAGAGCUCUCGGAUCAAGGAGAUCUCCAGCGGAGCCUUCCGGGGGCUCAAGAGCCUGGUCUACCUCUAUCUCACCGACAACCAAAUCAGUGUCAUAAAGCCAGGAGCCUUCGAUGAUCUCUCUGAUCUCACCUACCUGUACCUGGACAAGAACAAGAUCCCAGACCUAUCCAAAGGGCUUCUGUCCCCUCUUGUCAACCUCUUCAUCCUGCACUUGGGCAGCAAUAAAAUCCGUGAGCUGAAACCAGGGGUCUUCAAUGGGACUAAAGAUCUGCGCUGGCUCUUCCUCUCUGACAACUCCCUCACCAGCCUCCAGCCUGGGGCCAUGGAGGAUGUAGAAAACCUCGCUGUCCUCCACCUGGACAAGAACCAGCUGAGCAGCUACCCUGUGAAUGCAAUGAGUAAGCUGAGAGUGCUGGAGGAACUGAAAUUUUCUCAUAACCCAAUUGAGGUCAUCCCUGACAAUGCCUUCCAAUCCUUCGGGCGAUACCUGCAGACGCUCCACCUGGACAACAUGAAACUGAAGAAGUUUGCAGAUAACGCAUUUGCUGGUGUGACUGUGCUGAAAACCGCCCACCUGGAGAACAACCGGCUCACCCAGCUGCCCCGAAACUUCCCUUUUGACAAAAUGGAGACGCUGACAAUCUCCCGAAACCCCUGGCACUGCAACUGCCAGCUGGCACCUCUGCGCAAGUGGCUGAAAGGCAACCGCACCCGUGCUGAGGACAGCUGCUCCACGCCAGCCCAGUACCGGGGACAGCCCAUCAGGGACACCCCGGCCCUCCGCUCCUGCAAGCUGCCCACCAAGAGGUCCAGGAAGGGGAGCCGCCAUUAAACACGUAAGUGCUAGCAGGCUCCAGUAUGGCCUGUCCUGGUGACGGGUCAAUUCAACCAUCAGAAAACUACUGACUUCCAAGUCCUUCCUUGAACUUCUCCUACCUAUCAGGAAACACUUCUGAUAUACCUGAACAUCUGCAGCCUCCUCCGAAUCCUCGCUUCUCUGCUGAUCACAAGGAUGGAAUCCACCUUCUCAAUCUUUUCCAACAUCUAUGUACUUUAAAAGAGGUCUUUUUUAAAACUAAACUAUGCAUGACCAUACUAAGACAAGCUAAGCUAGAUCCUGCCGGUAAAACACAGUCAUCUCUCCCAGAAGAAACAUAACCCACAUCCCUGAUCAAGCAGCUGGUUGCUGCCUCUCCCAUUCCAGAGGAGCAGGAGCAAAUGGGAAGGCAGGAGCACCCCUUCCCCAGCUGCUUGAUAAAGAAAAUUGGUCUCAACCCAUGCAAAGAGACUCCCCUGCCUUCCCAUGGAGGGGAUCCCUGCAGGCCAGGGCUGAGGGGACAGGUGAAGCAGCAACCAAGAGCUGGUGGCCCUGAGGCAACAAUCUCCCAAAAUUGGCCAGAAAUCCUUGAAGGGAAGCAGUACUGGGAACCUCCAGCACUGGAGCCAUCUGAAGACCUGAUUCCCUCCCACUCUGUAGGGUCACCAAGCUGUCCAAGACGAGAAGGUGUGCAUGGUGCAGUUGGCUCAGGCACCCCUCCUCUCCUUCCCACUCAUUCCCAGAGUAUCUACCAGGACACCAGGAUGACUGUGGUUUAUUGUCACAGCUAUAACAAUGCCACAGUUGCAAUUCAACUAUGUUUAUAAUCCUAAAGAGUUAUAUAAAUAUAUGUCUAUUUAUUCCUCUGUAACAGUGUAAAUGACCUUUAAGAGGGUGAAAGUUCCUCUGCCUCCUAUAUAGAAAUCAAAUUGUAUAUUUUCUUAUGUACAUCUUCUGUAUAAAGCUCUUGCUGCAAAGAUGAAAUCAACAAGUCUGUGUGUCUGUCUGAGGGCUGGAGGGAUCAGGAGUAACAUGAGACCAGUGGCACAAAUAUAGACUUAAUCCUCUUUAUCCCAUGGGCAGAGCAACUGUUUGAGAGGGCUUUAUUAUUUCUCUUGCUACAAAACAGGAACAUGUGACACCUAAUGAGUCCUGGGCUCUCACAGUAAUGCUUGAAAAUAUUUUGUGAGGCCAAACUCAAGUUUACUAUAAAAAUAGGUAGCUGUCACCUGACAGAGUUUAAGCAGCAGCACCAAAGCUCUCUCUGGUGUUUCCAGCUUGGCAUUAAGAGCAUCAUAUCUGGGAAAAAAACCUGGCUGCAUCCAAGACAGCUUCAGGACGGAUGCCCUGGAUUCCCCUGGUCUGUGGCAGAGCACAGAGUUGUCCCUGUAAAACCCUGCUGCUGGUGCAGCCAACAACAACAGCUUAAUCUGACUCCCAGACCCACUUGUUUAUCCAUCACUACUGGCUGCUUCCUCAGCCUUGGGAAGCAGCAUGAUACCAAAUUAAUUUCCUUUAGGGUAAAACAAAACAGCCCUUUUCUGGCCCAGCCAUUUUCAUGCAGAUGGCAGGACAUGCCUAGGAAAUGUGUCACCCAAUAGGCCACUAACCCCCUUGCUGGUGGUCUGUCCCCACAUGCAGCACAUGCUGGUGGCUCUUGCACAGGCCCAGGGUGCUGGGACAUGUGGUGGAGCAGCAGGACACACGACCCAGCACAUACUUCCCUUCUGGCAAUGCAGCAUUUGGUGCUGCACAUGUGGAUGGCACCAUUCCCACGACUGAGACACGAUAAAAACCACACAAUAAAAACCACAUUCACAGGAAAUCCAGGAUGGGGAAAGAAACUCGACAGCUCCACAGCAAGAGGAGUACAAGCACCCACCCACAGCAACACGAACCAGCACUGCCUCUGCCAUCAUAAUCCUGGCAGUGUGUACAACUGAAUGUCAGUGAAAGUUUUGAAAUGAGCAGAAGAAUUUCACUUAAUGACAUUGAAUGUGAUGCCUUGUCUUCUUUUGAAGCUUCCUCCCCAGACACCUCAGCAGCAGCUAGGCAGAACCCCCACUGCUGUCUUCCAGCUCCUCUGAGCCUUCCCUCUUCAGCCUGAUCCCAGCAGCUCCAGGACCACCAGGUACCACUGUCCCUGUGGUCCAGAGAAACCCAAAUGCAGCAUCUCACCAUGACAAACAUCCCUUGAA